GCGGAUUUGGAUUAUUGAGGCGUGGAAAUUCAUAAGCAAGCACUUCAACAUUCAAAGAUGAAGACUUGGGUGGGAUUGGGACUGUCAGGACUCAGGACUCAGGAGAUGGUGGAAGUUGGUGGAAGUGGUGGUGGUGGUGGAUACGGAGUCAAUGUAUUGGGUAAUGGCAUCAAAGGAGGUGAAAGACUGAAAGGAGAUGUGUACAGAAGAACUUUGAUGGAGAAUGAAGGAAAUCGUUUGAGUAUGAACUUAGCUAGCUCAAUGAUGGAAAUCAGGCGACCCAUUCCGGCUGAGGGAUACAGAACUAUGGUCUCUUCCAUUAUUUUGCCCGCAAAAGAUGAUCAUACAGUGGAAGACUGGCCAUAAUGAAAAAUAUAUAGAGAAAAAAAAAAAAUUUUGGGGCAAAAGAGAAAGGUGGUGAUAUAGGACAAAUGUUUUAUUAUUUUUUAUAUAUAAUUUUUAUAUAUCAUUAAAUAUGUAAAUGUAUUAAAUAUUAUAAGUUUUA